AUGGCCUCCGCAGGCCUUACGAGUCCCAGAGACUCUGUCAACUCCGUCUCAAGCAUACGCUCAGGCAGUCGUCAUCAGCUUAAGCGAUCCAUUACCGAGCUCGCGUCGCCUGUUAAGCUCAACCGUAGAAAGGAGAAGGAACGCGAUCGAUAUAACGAGGACCGCGCUUCGCAUGCACACCAUAUCUCUAUCUCUCAUCCUCUAUCUCCGAAUUCGCUAUACCAGGGCAGAGCAUCAGUAGACAUCAUGCCGCGAUCGGAAGGCGUAACGCCUUAUAUGAGCCCCGACCAGAGUCGGAGGCCGAGCUUGAUGUUGUCGAGGGAAGAAGAGAAUAAGGUUAUUAGUGUUCCUGCGCAGGUGGAAACGAAGGCGAGCAAAGAGAAGAUCCAGACAGAGAAGGUCAAGACAUCCUUGCAGGUCGAGGGCUUGAAGCAGUCACUGGUCGAACUAGGCACUUUCUCUACAUCAACGGCACGACGGCUCGACGAGACAUACUAUGCCGUGCUUGAAAAGAUGACCGCCCUCCAAUCGACCGUUUCCGCGUUAAAGGAAUUGGCCGAGGAAUCUCAGAGCAUACAUGGAAACUUUGAGAAAGAUGCCUGCGAGAUUGAAAACGACAUCACGUCGCAGAUUGCGGCGAUGGGGCAGUUCAAAGAGCAUCAGGAGAACAUCGAAUCACUCACAACUCGUGUUCAGGACGGUCGCGCAAGGAUUCGUGCUCUGAGCGAUCGAGUGGAUAUUGUCCGAGAGCAAGUCGAGCUCUGGGAACGUCAUGACAAGGAAUCACAGGAUAAGACGCGGCUGAGGCUGAGGGCCAUAAUGAUCUGCAUCACAGCCGUGUUCUUGGCAGUCGUUAUUUUGUUCUUUGGCGCGCACUAUGUAUCGCUAAACAGCGCGGGAUCGAGUAGGUCAGGCACGCCUCGACUUGCGGAGUCUCUCAUCGAGUCGCAUAAAGAAGCAGGACACACAGCACUACCUCGCCAGCGACAUGAGAGAGGCGAGUCUCCUUAUUUGAAGAGAAAGCCGGCGCAUACGCCGAAGCAUAGAGGCGAUGAGCUUCAUGCUUUUGAUGAGCUUUAA